AUUAAAUUAUCAAUAUUUUGUAGAUACAAAAAACCAAAAUGCGUCUUUUUUUCUAUUUUUCGAAAUCAUCACAUGGUUCUAUAAAUGUUGGAGAAAGGCUUAAUAAAACCGCUUUUGUUUUGGUAAAGGUGAGAUACACUGAGAUUAAGUUGAAAAUAUUUUAGCUUCAAAGUUGAAAAUAAAUUAUUUAUAGUGGAUUAGUGGAACAAAUUUCCUUUGGGGAGUGGAGUCGAACUUGGGUUUAUUAAAAUUGGGUGGGGGGAACCUAGCGCUGCCCCCACUCAAGCUAUUACUUUUAAUGUGUCAAGUCAUCUAAUUGAUUGCUUAGUGAAGAAGACUCGUACAAUACAAUUUCAACAAUUUAAAAUAAGUCCUAAUUUCCCCCCCCCCUCCCUCCCCCCCCCCCUCUGCUUGACUGACCCUUGAGGAUUGACUAUGUGGUUAGGGACUUGAAUGGAUCUAUGAUGUUGAAUGGUACUUCUCGCGUCUUCUGGCAAUUUCUAUAUCACUAGAAAUUCCAAGUGAACACUAUAUAUAUGCAUGUGCACACCAGUGUGGAAAGUUUGUAUGGCGCGCAAUUUUGAUGCUUUCUAUAUAUUUCCUAUUAAAUUUUCUAAAUCUCUGGCGCGCAUUUUCCAAACUUUCCAGUCUGGUGUACACAUUUUAGACCAAGCAAUUCUGGUGUUGUGCUAUAUGACCAGGGGCGGAUCCAGCCAAAAAUCUGACCGUAGCAUUUUCCAAGACCUCGCAUAGCUAGGGGGGUCCGGGGGCAUGCCCCCCGGAAAAUUUUUGAAAUUUGAAGCCCGGAAAUGCCAUUUCCUGCGUUCUGAGCACUGCAUGUGACCAUUAAAUUUGCCCUCAUUGUAUUCAUUUCUCAAGCAAAAAUAAGCCGAAAUGAUCUCAAAAUGUAAACUAUUGCUCGCGUAUAUUUUAACAUACGAUAUCGGUAUGAUACUCGUAUCAUACGCAUAUCAUUAUCAAUUGAAUACCGAAAUGCGCGUAUCAUCUACGAACGCGUGUAUCAUACGAAUACGCAUAUCAUAUGAACGCGCGUAUGAUAUGAAUACGCGUAUCUUACGAAUAUAUACGCAUUACAAACAAAUAUUAGCGCGCUAUAAAACACGAUAUAUAUACGCGCGUAUCAUAAUUCGCGUAUUAAUUUCAAUACAUGCAGGUAUACUGUACAUACGCGCACAAACACUUUAAUAAAGCGAAGUUAAUAGCGAACACUAUACAGUAAAAACUCAAAUUAAUAUAUAUAAUGUGCAUCUCUUAUCAUUCAUAAGGCUUACCUGACUGGAAAUGAUUCGUUUUACUAUCUGAUUUUAUUUCUACCUUGACGCAUAUAAAUUCUUUAGCUUUACGACGGCUUUCAUUUCGAAAUGCGCACAACCGUACUGUGGGUUCCCAAUAGCAUGUUGUUGAUGAGCCAAACACAAAUAUCAGAUAUUCCAUCGUUCUGGAGCAGUAGCCAAUUUCAUGCCACCGUAGCAAACCAUAGCAUUUGCCCCAUUCCGAUUGGUUUGCUACGUUUGACCGUAGCAAACCAAUCAGAAUGCCGUAUAUGCCAAUUUUCGCUACGGUCAGAUUCGACCUUAAUGAAUCUGACCGUAGCGAAAAUUGAUCAUAUAUGGGCAACACGCUACGGUGUAUUUCUGAAGGAUGAUAUUUUCUAAGCUAUAGUCCAUUGCGUAAUGACCCGCAAACGGGCAAUUACAACCGUAUUUUCGGGCGGGAAUUCUUAAAAUAAUUAACGUUACGUAUUAUAAAUGUCAUCAAUUUGUCAAAAUAAAAUGUUUUAGAACAUAUAAAACUAAAUAAAAUAAAACCUUGAAAUAUAAACAAGGAAAGUAAACAAAAUAUUGCUAAAUUAUAUUUUAGAUUGAUUUUAUGAUCCAUGUUAGAACUGGCCUAUGGAAAAUCUGACCGUAGCAUAUGCUACAGUUGCAACGGUCUAAAUCCGCCCCUGAUGACUCGAACCUCUUUAUAUACAGACCCCGAAUCGGAAUAGACACCAACAAUGGAUGUGUACAUAUGAGAGAGGUGGCCGUACUUAAACAGAAGAAUUGAAACUAUUAACCCAUAUUUGAGUGCUAGUGCUCUCCCAUUGACAAGUAAAAUUGUCUGGCAUUAGACAGAGUGAAAUAACAAAGUAGGGUGCAGUAGGAAGCAAGCCACUGAAAGGAAGUCAACUAACACAUUUUUAACUUACAGUGCUGCACAAGCAAAACAAACGAUGAACCCUCGUCAACAGAUAGGGAAAUAUCAAGAUCCAAUAAAUGGGGCUACACCCCACAAGAAAAUGGUUUUAAAAAACAUGAUAAAAACACAACAGGUCUCUAUCAUUUGGGGACAAUCAAUCUACCUCUGCAAUUGGAGACAAACCUCAAUGAAUAUUUGCGAAGUAAGGCUUAUAAGGAGUGUUCAUGUUUAUACAAAUUAACAAAUAUUAAUUAGCAAAUGUCUAUCAAUGAUCAAGUGCUAGAAUUCUCCCUCAACAAGUAAAAUCAUCUGGUGUUAGACAGAGUAAAAUAACAAAGUAGGGCGCAGUACGUAAAAUAUGGGGCCAAUUGGGUGGGGUCCAUAAAUUGGUCAUCGACAUGUAGUGGGGUAAAAUCUAUUUUCAACAUUUACUGUGAUUAAUAUAAAACUAAUCAGUUACUGGCACUUGCAUAUCUACAAAUACUCAAAACAACAUUCGUUUUGUUACAUAUAUGUCUGAAUGGCGACAUUUCUUAGAGUUUCCUAGUAAACUUCUUGUGGAAGACGCUGUCCAACUAUCAAAACAUUUACAAAACCGAGGUAGACCAACUGAGAGAACCUGGACAAAGUACAAGGAAGCGAAGGCAGCCAGAAAACAGCUGAGAGGUUUGUAGUGUACUGAUAAAAAUUAAGCAAAAUGUUGAAGAAUACUUUCAAUAAAUUUUUCCAAAACUUUUUUUAAUUUAAUGUGUAUAGAAAAUGCUGAAAUACAACCACCAAACGACACUCAGUCUGAGAUAGGCAUCAGACUUGCUGCCAAAGACGUCGAUAUUUUACCAUCAUCUUCUGAAACACAUAUUGAAAAACCUACUAGAGCCUCUUUAACAAGGAAACCAAAAAUGCAAGAAUAUAAAAUAAUACGGUAUGUCUGAAAAAUAUAUUAUGAUUAUCAUUAUUCACAUGCAAUAUUACAACCGACAUACUGACAUAUAAUAUUUUCUAACUAUAGUAUUCUCUCUAACCACGUUCUAGAUACCAGAAGCGACAGGCCGCAGCAUAUGCGGCAGAUCGUGUACCUGCAAGUUAUGGAGCUACACUACGAGUGCUACAUGAAGUAAGAAGGUUCUACACCCAGUGGCAGACACUUUGCGGGGAGGGGGCAAAUUAGGUUGCCAACAUAUACCAGCCUUUUAUAUCUGCAUGGAAAUCUUUAGUUCUUUGAACUCUUUUUUUGCCUUUAAUUUCAUGAAACAUAUGUACAGCUUAAUUUAUAGCCUACCAAUUCUUUCAUGGUUAAAAAUUUAUUGCUACAGCAUAACUUGUUAGACAGUUAUUCAGAUAUCAUUCAUAGGGUUUCAGAAAUUUUUGAGGGGGAGGGAGAAUUUCCCUGCGAUUACGUUUUAGAUAACAUCGCUGUGUGUCAGAAAUUACGUUGCAAGGUGCAGGAACAAUUCCCUCGUGUAACAUGGUCUGUAUUCCGUAGAUUGCUAAGAGAGAAAAAGAUUUCAAACCAGAAACUGUGUUGGACUUUGGUUCAGGUGUUGGAACAGCAACUUGGUACAGCAACAUUAACAUGCACACGUAAAAACGCGCAAGUUGUAACAAACUUGCAGCAGGCUUGUAGCAAUGCUGUUCCAACAACUUGUCAACAGGAUGUGUUCGCACUGCUUGUUCCCAGCUUGUUGACAACUUGUUAAUGGCUCGUUGACAACUUGCUACAAGGUUGUUGAGUUCAACAGACUUGUUACAAGUUGUUGACAACUUGCUAUCGUCUUACAAUUCAACAAUUUGUCAACAAGUUGUGAGUGACAACCUUGUAGCAACUUGAUAAAAUGACAGCAUUGGCACAACUUGUUGACAAGCUUGCUACAAACCUGUUGCGAACACAUCAGUGUUGAUAAGUUGUGGGAUUUUUAUGUGUGUAGUGUAUUUUUAAAAAUAAUUAUAAAGUUAACCAAUACAAUCGCUAAAUCUCACAUGGUAUAAAUGUUCCAGGGCUGUUCAUGAACUAUGGAAAGAUUCGAUCAAGAUUUAUCAGUGUGUUGAUGUUUCACAUGACAUGAACGGAACGGCUGAAUACCUGCUUAGAAGUAAUGUUCAUGUUUUCAUUCAAUUUAAAACUCUCGAAAUCUCUCGACCUACGGGCUCGUGUCUUUUGAAUUUCUUGGACGUCCCACAACUCACUUAGUUUAUCGUUUUAGGUAGUGAGGGCUACAGAACACCACACUACAUACCUCGGAUAUACUUCAAAGAGUAUUUACCAGUCACGGAUAAGGUAAAUAUACUACUAGACAUGCAGUUUGCAAACUAUGAAAAACACAUGCACGGUCAUAUUUUCUUGGCGGCAGUAAGAAAUAACGAAUAAUGAAAUAUAGAAAUAAAGCAAAAAUUACUCAAAUUAGUAAUCAUUGUCUUAUAAAAUCAUUUUUUCUGCAUGUCGUUUGUCGUAUACGAUCUCGAAACUUAAUAUGAGGGUACUGCGGUUUUGAUAUCAUAUAUUUACGUGCAUUUUUUCAUGCAGGUGACAUAUGACAUCGUGCUGGCAUCGUAUUCGUUAAGUGAAAUUCCUUUCAGCAGAGCAAGGCAAGAAAUACUGGAAAGCCUCUGGCGAAAGACAAAUCACUUUUUGGUUAGUAAUUUAAAAAAAUGCAUAAUGGCCGAGUACUAAGUACCACAUGGUAUUUUCACUAUAUCUGUGUACUUAUAUUGUGCUGGUACCAUAUAUGACCAGCGUCAUUUUGCUAUGGAGCCUCGAUUUCGUGUAUGUGAGAUUAGUUAAAUCCAAGUAUCUCAAUCGCGAAAGUAGUAUAGGUUUUAUAAUACUCUAUAGCCAAAGUGACAUCUUCGAUCGGAAGGGUCUAUUGUCGAUCCAUGUAGAAGCGAGCAAAUUGAAAUAAAUUCCACUCUAACUUAUUUAUUUCCUUCAAAGGCAAAGUGUUUCCCAAAUUGUUAUGACUUGUGUUGUAAAGUUUUAAACGGUACUAUGUGUCUCACAGGUGAUUGUAGAAAAGGGAAAUAACGAAGGAUUUGAUAUUACGACGCAAGCAAGAGAUUUGGUCGCAGUAAGCAACAAAAUACAAUUGGUUUACAUAUUUUUAUGUAUAGUUUCCAAAGUUAUGCCUUAUGGUAUGUUUUUAUGAAAUAGUACAUAUUUUUACAUUCAGGAUAGUCAGAAAGAGAAGCCAGUGAUGAAGAACUACAGUUCGCCAGGUAUCAUAAAUGUUUCCUCCUUUGCGUAUAAUCAAUUAGUGGUUGUCAAUGCGAGGUCCGACACACUCAACUUUACCCGCAUGACAAUAAAUCAUACCAUUAUCUAAAGGUCAUCCCAAUUUAACUCCGCUGUUUCCAUCAACUCACAACUCACAGCUUUAGUUUCAAAGUUUGUUUUUUUCCAGAAAUUGACGAUGAAUUUAAAAGGUCUCUUGGAUUUGUUUAUUCCCCUGUAAGUACCAAUAAUCCCGUACAAAAUGGCGAAUUUAUAUUUCAUAAAAUGUGUGACAAAUCCCCUAAUCAUAGUGAUAUUUUCAUGAUUUAUGGCAUUUCUGUGAUAAUUUACAGUCUGUGAUAAUAAAGGAUGUAACCCCCAACUUUUGAAAAGAUAGGCUGUCGCCUCUGGUUUAAGGUCGGUCAGCCUAGAUGAUUCAAAGCGUCUCUGUAAGAAAUAUGAGGGUCAAAUAUAGUAGCACGCACGUAAAAACGCACAAGUUGUAACAAACCUGCAGCAGACUUGUAGCAAUGCUGUUCCAACAACUUGUCAACAGGAUGUGUUCGCACUGCUUGUUCCCAGCUUGUUGACAAGUUGUCAACGGCUUGUUGACAACUUACUACAAGGUUGUUGAGUUUAACAGACUUGUUACAAGUUGUUCUAACAACUUGUUAUCGCCCUGCAAUACAACAACUUGUCAACAAGUUGUGAGCGACAAGCUUGUAGCAACUUGAUAAAAUAACAGUAUUGUUACAACAAGCCUGUUGCGAACACAUCUUGUUGACAAGUUUUGAGAUUUUUACAUGUGUAAAAGCCCUUAGUUUUUAAUCGUGUUUUUCAGUGUCCACAUGACCUUGUAUGUCCUCGAUUUGAUGUUAACACACGUGAUCAGCCUUGCAACUUUGAACAACGUGUACAGCUGUCGUUUGCUCAGGUAAGAUCUCGAUCGCUUUGCAGUAAGUACAUUCAAGGAUAUUUGUACUCACUAUAAAGGCUACUUUAUUUGCCUUAAUACAUUUCAAUUUUACAGCGGAAGUCAAAUCUAAAGAAAUAUGGCUACUACAAUGAAAUGUUUUCAUACGUUGUGUUACGGAAGGGAGAACGCUGUACAGAAGGUAUGUACUCCAAGUACAACCCGAAUCUGAGAUUGAAUUUAUUUAUCGAGUUUCUCACUCCUUGGUGAGCGGAUUUGACGGGAUUUCCUAACAGGCUAUAAUUGCCCAAUUGAUAGGGGAUCCGAGGUACAUAUACGAUUUUAACGUCCUUAUCCGAGAAGACGCGAAAAGUCUAACCAUUUUAGGCCACAUAAAAUAAAUUCCUUGAUUCUCAUCACCGCCCGACUGUAUUUUAAGAGCCGCGUGAAAUUUUUUUAUAUUUUGUUAUAAUAAUAUUUACAAUUUAUAUAGCGCAAAUUAGCAUUUAUAUAUGAUCAAAUGCGUGUUCUUUUAAUACAAUAUAAAAGAAACGCCCGACAAAAUAUUUCAAGACAGUUAAGUUUUUUAUAUUUAAAAUUGGGUUUUUAGUGCCAUUUUAAACUGCCAAUUUCAAACAAAUAGAACCUUGAAAGAAACUUCAUUGCAUUUUAACGGAACUUUGCAUUCAGUUGAAGGGUUCAGUCAUUGUUCGUGGAGAAAUAUGCUUAUUUCGGUUUGUGAUACUUUACUUUGGAAAUCACAGAAAUAUUAAAUGUUAGGAAUUAUUUUUUUACUGGAUUUAUUGAUAUAUAAAUUAUAUAAAUAUAAAAUAUAAACCUUCCUCUUCUUCGACAUUUUCAAAGUGUAGUGAUGAGAAUCAAGGAAUUUAUUUUAUGUGGCCUUACUGAUGUCAAUGUAAAGUAGUACUUUUUCCUAAAUUAUUUUAAGACCUUGAGUAGAGGUCCGACCAAGGAUUCAACCCGGGUCUCCCAGGUUGAAAGCGUGGUGACCACACCACCACAAGAGCUGGUGAUCGAUCUAUACACUGUAUGUUUCCUUAUGUUGGGUUUUCUGUCAUUUAGGUCUGGAUUGGGCGAGAUUACUGCGUCCGGUACGUUUGAGAGAAAAACAUGUGAUUUGUAACUUUUGCAGCAAAAACGGUAAGAAAUGCGACUGUCGUGUUCUUUUAACCGCCUUAAAUUGCCAUAACAAUAUGAUAAUUCUUUUGUUUAAGGUUCUCUGGAACAGAAAAUUUUGACAAAGCGUAAAGACAGGUUUGUACACUAUAGAGAAUAGUACUAGGUCUAGGAAUUAACAAACAUAAUAAUUUAUCAAUAAAGGUUGGUUUACACUAUCAAAGUUUUUGUGAUUACAGUAAGAAUUUUGCAUACUAGGGUAAAUUCUAAGUCUUGAAGGAUUUGUAAGAAAUGUUUGAGGGAAACUGACUCGGUGUUCGAAGUCAUGGAUCAAUUCCCUCAAACAUUUCUUACAAAUCCUUCAAAAGUUACAAUUUACCCUAUACUCUAUGCAAAAUUCCUAACUGUGAUCACAGAAAUGUUGGUGUAAACUAGGCUGAAAUAUAUUGUAUUUUGUCAUGCAGCGAGAUUUACAAAUGUGUACGACAUCGCGCUAAAUGGGGUGACCUACUACCUGUUGAUGUGGAGAAAAAAGACCAAGUUGAUGCGGAGAAAAAAAGACCAAGUUGAUGCGGAGGAGAACGCAAAUACAUGAACCGAGUGAUAUCUCAAGCCUCAAGGACAGGAACGUGUGCGCCAAACUCCAAGGGAGGGAGCUCAAGCAAGCGACUUUUUGUGAACAUGGACGUCAGAUUGCGGAGGGAAGACCGGAUUAAAAAAUGUGUUUGUGUCAGUUUGGUGAUCUUCAACAUACACACGUCAAAAUCUCACAAUUUGUCAACAAGAUGUUUCGCAAGUUGUAACUGAAUGCUGUUAUUUUACCAAGUUGCUACAAGGUUGUCACUCACAACUUGUUGACAAAUUGUUGCAUUGCUGGAUGAUAACAAGUUGUUGGAACAACUUCUUGCAACAAGUCUGUUAAGCUUAACAACCUUGUAGCAAGUUGUCAACAAGCUGGGAACAAGAAGUCACGAACACUCCUGUUCACAAGUUGUUGGAACAGCAUUGCUGCAAGUCUGCUGCGUGUAUGUGACAAAACAGAAGUUAUACCAAAAUUAUUUCUACCAAUUUUCGGGUGACGCCCGUGUUGUCCAAAAUGUCGCUUGCUUAACCUCGCAAUUCAGGCCUUCAUGUAAUAAAUUGUAAUAAUAGCCCACCAUGGGUUGUAGAGCAAUGUAUAUUUCAGCGUAUAUGUAUUUAUACUUAGCUCAGUAUAUUGAUGAGCAGGCUGAGGGCUUGCAUUUAGUGGGCAGCAUGCGAGCUAACGCCCUGGGUGAUAUGGGUUCACUCCAAUGAGCUCCAUGUGUAUAUCAAUCUAUAUAUCUACUCCAUUCUUGUUCAUUGCCCCGUUGCCCGGAUUAUAGCACAUCCCAUAGAUUGAAACACGAGUUGAACCUACAAUACAUUUAAUAAUACAUAUAACACAAUACAAGUGAAGGAUUUUAAAAACUAUGGCACUACAAAUGCCAUGAUAUACAAUAUGUGGGCACUUAGUUAAUAGAAUAUGGUCAAGAUCAGAAUGCUACGUUCUAAACCUUGUGAAGGCUUUAUGUCUACAGAAUACAACGUCUUAAAAAUAAAGACGUUGCUCUGUGAAUGAUGUUGAAACGCUUGUGCUGCGAGACAAGUAGUUUGUGUCUCUUCAGAGUUUACAAAACAAAACCCAAAGUGUAUUUUUGUCUCAAUAAACUUUAAAGUAAUUCAAGCUUUCUUUUUCUCCGGCGGUUCUUCCUCAGCUCCUCCGGUCGAUUUUCUCUUCCUACCUCCCCGUUUUGGUGUCACUUCUGUGCUUCCUUCAGAGGUGGCGGCCUCAUCUUUUGCUGCCCCCGCCGACCGCUUUCUCCUUCCUCGCUGUGGUGUUGGCUUCUUCUUUUCUUCUCCCACAUCCCCUUGUUUGCCAGCCUCGCUCCCCUGAAAAACUUCUGUGCUUGCAGUUUCUCCGCUUUCCACCUGGUCACCCACUUCGUCCUUUUUCUCGACACUUUCGUCCUUUUUCUCGGCACUUUCGUCCUCUUUCUCGGCACUUUCGUCCUUUUUCUCGGCACUUUCGUCCUCUUUCUCGGCACUUUCGUCCUCUUUCUCGGCACUUUCGUCCUUUUUCUCGGCACUUUCGUCCUUUUUCUCGGCACUUUCGUCCUUUUUCUCGACACUUUCGUCCUUGUUCUCGGCACUUCCGUCCUUUUUCUCGGCACUGUCGUCCUUUUUGUCAACAUCGCCGUCUUUUUUGUCGACAUCGUCUUUUUUGUCGUCACUUUCUUCCUUUUUGUCGACAUCGUCUUUAUUGUCGACAAUGUCGUCUUUAUUGUCGACAUCGUCGUCUUUUUUGUCGGCACUUUCGUCCUUUUUGUCGGCAUCUUCGUCUUUUACUUCGGCACUUUCGUCCUUUUUGUCGGCAUCUUCGUCUUUCAUUUCCGUAUCUUCGUCUUUUAUUUCGGCAUCUUCGCCUUUUUUGUCGCCCUCGUCUUUUCCAUCAGCUUGGUCCAUUUUCGUCUCAGUGUCCUGUUCUUCGACAUUUUUGUCCUCUUCCAUCUUCUCCUCGCCUUUUGUGUCGCUGUCGUUCUCAACAGACUGCUGUUCAGACUGUUCCAUUUUGUCGACGUCUGUCUUGACCUCUUCCAUUGGAGCUGGCUUGGGUUCCGGCUCUGCUUUCUUGAACGCGAAGACCAUGUACAGCCCUGC